AUGAAAAUUGAAAAUAGUGAUAACCAAAAUUUUAGGGGAAUAGUUGAUAAACGUAUUGAUGAAUCAUUUACCUAUAUCUCACCAAAAAAGACGUCAUCAGGUACUGGUUUAUCAUGGAUAUCAAAAGAACAAUACUUAAGAAAUGAUAUCACAUGCAACUUUUUAAAUUGUGAUUCAUGCAAAAUAAUUUCUCAAGUUUUCAAGUCUUCAUAUAUUUUAUGUGGUGAUUCAUGUUUCGUUUGCACAAGGAACAUUCCUUUUUGCUUAGCAACACCGUCACCGUCUUGGUCCGCAAUUUCGUUUGUUUCUACAUACACGCUACAUCAUUUAAAUCCAGAAAAACAAUUUUUAGGUUUAAAGGAUGCAAUAUAUCCCUUUAUAGAAAAACAUUGGUCAAAACUUUGUGGAGAUAGACUUUUUGAAAUUGGAAAUUGGCACAAACAGAUCCGUGAAUCAAUAUCACAUUCAAAAUUAUUUCAAUCUGGUGUUGAGAAAUUGAGAAGAACCGGUUAUUGGCAACUAGAAAAAAACAUCGACCCUUGGGAAGAACAAAGACCAAUGCACGGUGUAAACCAAGUUAAUUAUGGUCCACUAUUUAUAAAUGGAGUUCUUCAAAGAGAUCCAGAAACCCUUUCUUCAAAAAGAAACGAUAAUAUUGAAUUUAAAGGAAAUCAAUUAUUAUUAGAUUAUAAUAAUAGUAAUAAUAAUAAUGAGGAUGAUGAAAUUAUAAUAACAAUACCAGAUAUUGAAACAAUAUUAGAAUAUUUAGAAGUUAUAGAAUUAAAUGAUACUGAUUUUAAAAAUAUAGUUAUAUUAGAAACAAUUUAUAAAUAUGUUCAAUAUAAUUCUGGUCCAAAAUUCUUUGAUAGAUUAAAACAAUUAAUAUUUCAAACUGAAAAGAGUAUUUGUUAUUUUAGUAAUGAAUUAUUUAUUGAAACAUUUUUAGAUAGAGAUAAUUCAACAAAUUUAGAAAUUCAUCAAAAUAAAAUCAUUUCAAAAGCUGUACAAUGGUAUAUUAAUCAUUUUAAUCAAUUAUCUAAGGUUAAUAAAAGAAAAUAUAAAAUUAUAUUAAUAACAAAUAAUGAAUCAUUAAUUAAAAUUAUAAAUUCAACCAAUAAUAAUAAUAAUAAUAAUAAUAAUAAUAAUAAUAAUAAUAAUAAUAAUAAUAAUAAUAAUAAUAAUAAUAAUAAUAAGAUUGAAAUAAUGUCAUUAUUAGAAUAUUUAAAAAUUUUAAAUAAAAAUAAUGAAAAGAAUAAACCAUUAUUAGAAUUAUAUGAAUCAAUUAAUGAAUUAUUAAUUGUAAAGAAAGAACAACAACAACAACAACUUGAAUCAGGUAGUAGUAGUACAGAGACAUUAUUUACAAGAUAUUUAAAUGAUGAUAAAUUACAAAGUGAAUUAAAAUCUGGUAAUAUUAUUAGUGGUAAAAUUCAUAUGAAUUUACAUAAUAGAGAGGAAUCAUUUGUAAAGAUAUCAAGUUCAAAUGGUAUUGCAACCAAUCAAACAUUAUCAGGUUUUCAUGGUGAUAAAGUUAUGAUCAUUGGUAAAUUUAAUCAAAAUCGUGCUGUACAUGGUGAUAAAGUUGCUGUUUCAUUAUUACCAGAAGAUCAAUGGUUACCAUAUGAUUCUUCUUUAAAUCUUGAUGAUGAUGAUGAUGAUGAUAAUGAUAAUAGUAAUGAUGAUAAUAGUAAUGAUGAAGAAUAUUUUAAAAAUAAUAAUGAUAAAUUAAAAAUACCAACUGGUAAAGUUAUUGGAAUUUUUCAAAGAAAUUGGAGAGAUUAUAUUGGUACAGUUGAAAAGAAUACAAGUUUAUUUACAAAUUUUUUAAUGAUUGUACCAUUUGAUUAUAGAAUACCAUUAAUUAGAGUACCAACAAAGAAUCCAUCACAAUAUUUAGGUAAGAGAUUGGUUAUUAGAAUGGAUUCUUGGGAUUUAAAUUCAAAUUAUCCAAUGGGUCAUUAUGUUUCAAGUAUUGGCGAAAGUGGUAGUUUAGAGACUGAAUUAUCUGCAUUAAUGGUUGAACAUGAUAUUUCAUUAAAACAAUGGCCACAAUCUAUAUUGAAAUGUUUACCAGAAUCAAGUGACCAAUCACCAUGGCAAAUACCACCUGAAGAAAAAGCAUACAGAAGACAAUUAACUAAUCAUCAUAUAAUGAGUAUCGAUCCAUUGGGUAGUAAAGAUAUUGAUGAUGCAAUUUCAAUUGGAUAUCCAACUAAUGAUAUUAUAGAGAUUGGUGUUCAUAUUGCUGAUGUUUCACAUUUUGUUAAGGAAGGUUCACCAUUGGAUUUAGAAGCUAAAAGAAGGGGUACAACAAUUUAUUUACCAGAUAGACGUUUCGAUAUGUUACCUGCUGUCUUGAGUGAAGAUGUUUGUUCAUUACGUGGUGGUUUACCACGUUGUGCAAUGAGUGUAGUUUGGCAAUUUAAACGUAAUCCUAACAAGACAUAUGAAAUUGUAGAUACUUGGUUUGGUCGUACAAUUAUUCAUUCAUCAGCAGAAUUACAUUAUCAAUUAGCUCAAGAUAUUAUUGAUGGUAAAAUUGUAGAUGGUAAAGAUAAAGAUAGUGAUGUUACAGGUGGUGGUGCGAGGGCAGGUUACAAACAUCGUAUUUUCAAUGGUAUCACUAUUAGCGAUAUUAAAAAGGACUUGUUGGAAUUAUGUUCAAUUUUUAGACAAUUAAAAAAAGAACGUGUAAAAAAUGGUGCAUUGGAAUUAGAAUCUAUUGAAGUUAGAUUUAAAUUCAAUUCAAAAGAUUCAAGUCAACCAAAGAAAAUCAUACUAAAAAAUGAUUUAGAAAUUCAUCAUUUGGUAGCAGAAUAUAUGAUUUUAGCAAAUUCUCAUGUUGCCACUAAAAUUCAUUCAGUGUUUCCCUCAUCGGCUUUAUUACGUAGACAUCCGAAACCAAAUCAAAUCGAUUUCAAAUCAAUUAAAUCUUAUUUCAGCUAUUGUGGUUUCCAAUUAUUAACUAAAACCAAUAAACAAUUACAAGAAUCUUUAGCGAGUGCUGUUGAUAGUGGUGGUGAUGUUUAUGUUAAUAAAAUUUUAAAAUUGAAAAUUGUAAAUGUAGUUAGUGAAGCUGUUUAUUUUUCAACUGGUUCAGUUAAUGUCAGUGAAUUUUAUCAUUAUGGUUUGGCAAUUGAUAAAUAUACACAUUUCACUUCACCAAUUCGUCGUUAUUCUGAUAUUAUAGUUCAUAGACAAUUAUGGAAUUCUUUAAAUCAAAGUAAUGGUAAAUUUGGUGGUAAAAGUUCAAUAAUUGAUAAUAAUAAUAAUAAUGAUCAAUCAUCAUAUGAUAAUUUUUCAAUUACACAAUUAACAGAUCAUUUAAAUAUUAGAAAUCGUGCUUCGAAAACUGUUCAAAGAGAUGCAACUGAAUUAUUUCAAAGUUUAUAUUUUAAAUUAUUUCCAAAAGAAAAUGUAUUAGCAAUUAUUACUGAUAUUAGAUCAAAUGGUUUUGUUUGUUUUAUACCAGAGUUUGGUUUACGUUCUAGAGUUUUCCUUAAAAAAGAUUCACAAUAUUUAUUACCAACUCAAUUUUAUCCCUCAUCAAAUAAUAAUAAUAGUGGUGGUGGUGGUGGUGGUGGUGGUGGUGAAGUUAAAUCAAUGGAUUUCAGUGAAACUAAAAUUACAAUUAAAUUUACAAAUGAAAAUUCAAAUGAUUUAAUUUUAUCAAUUUUUGAUCAUGUUAAAGUUAAUAUUCAUACUGAAGAUAAUAAUUAUCAUAUACCACCAAUUAAAUUAGAUUUAAUUGAAAUUUUAAAUAAAAAUAAAAAUAAAAAUAAUAAUAAAAAUAAUAAUAAAAAAGAUAUAAAUAAUAAUAUUGAUAAUAAUAAUAAUAAUAAUAAUAAUAAUAAUAAUAAUAAUAAUAAUAAUAAUAAUAAUAAUAAUAAUAAUAAUAAUAAUAAUAAUAAUAAUAAUAAUAAUAAUAAUAAUAAUAAUAAUAAUAAUAAUAAUAAUAAUAAUAAUAAUAAUAAUAUUGGUAAAGAUGAAAUAACAUUAAUUGAUGAAAUUAAAAAAGUUGAAAAAUCAAAAAAUGAAGAAAAUAAUAUUUUAUCAGAUCCAAAUUCUUUACAAUUUAUUCAAUCAUCAAAUAAUAACUCAAAUACAUUAUUUGUUUUAACUCAAAAAUUUUCAAAUUUAUCAAUUGUUAAAGAAAAUGGAUCAAAAAUUAAUUAUAAUUUUGGUUUAAAAUUAUCAAAAUCAUCAAAAUCAUCAUCAUCAUCAGAAACCAAUACAAAUUCAAAUAUAAUAAUUAAUAAACCUUUAAAAUUAUGGUCAAUGACAGAAUCAGAAUGUAAACAAUAUAAAAAGAAAUCUGAACAAGAUUUAAGAGAUUCAAUAAGUAGUAAAUAUCAAACAAAGAAUGAUAAUAAUUCUAAUGAAAUGGAUUCUCAAUUUGAACAUAUUGCCCCAAAUUUAACUGUAAAAGAAAAAUAUAAUUAUGAAAUUAAUAAAGCUGAGAGAGAUUUUAGAAAAUCAAAUUUUCAAACUCAACAAGCAAAAAGGAAAUUUUAA